CGCGGUGGGGGCAGCCCGGCCGGGGCGGCGCACGGUGCCGAUCAGCACCCAAGGCAGCCGGUACCGGGGGCUGGGCCAGGAACGGGGACCGGGACCGUGGGUCGGACAGAACAGAGGGGACCGGGGUAGUGCCAGGGAGCGGGUCCCGGGAGCGGGGCUGUGCCAAGGGGACGGAGCAGGUGCGGACACCGGCGGCACUGCCUUAGAAUAAGGAGGAUCCUCGGUGCAAGGGAGAGCGGGAGGAGGGGAAGGACCGGGACGGGGAGUGAGGGGUCCCCGGUCCCAGCAGGCGGUGACAGGAGAGGUGCCAGCACCAGAAUCGCAGCGUUCGGAUGGGAUAAGAGAGGGUUCCGGUACCGGAGAGCAGCGCAGGGACCGCGGAGAGGAGGCGGCACCAGAGCGCGGGAUUUAGACGGGAACGGGGAGCAAGACCGGUGCCGGUCCCGGGGCAGCCUUAGGAACCGGUGCCAGUGCCAGGGCCGUGCCCGGAGCUGGAUGCCCGUGCCCGGUACUGGGACUCCGUUCCGCGAGGGUUUUCCCUAAGGCUGGGGCUGUGUCGGGAACUUCCCGGGACCGGGGUGCAGGCGAGGGGGUGCUGACACCGUGGGCGCGCAACCGGCGGCGCUCCCAGUGGGUGGCGGCACCGGCGGGGGGGGUACGGGGGGGGUGGUCAUUCGUCCCGAGCGGCCACGGAUCCCGCAGCAGCGCCGGGACCGUGGGUGUGAGAAGGAAACGGCGCCGACCCGCCCCUGGCACCGCGACCAACUAAAAGCCCCGGGGCCACCGCACCGGGACCAUGCCCGCCCCGGCCGCCCGUGCCCCCGGUGAUUGAGCGGGAGCCGCGGAGGCAGCGGGGCCCGGCGGGCGGGAUGCCCCGGUGGAGGCCGCUCGCCCUCGUCCUGCUCGGGCUCGCCGCCUCCCUGCUGGCCGCGCCGGUGCUGGGCUGCGGCCCCGGUCGGGGCCCGGUGGGGCGGCGGCGGCUGGGGCGGCGGCAGCUCUCGCCUCUGCUCUACAAGCAGUUCGUGCCCAACGUGCCCGAGCAGACGCUGGGGGCGAGCGGGAAGGCGGAGGGCAAAGUGCUGCGGGGCUCGGAGCGCUUCAGGGAGCUGGUGCCCAACUACAACCCCGACAUCAUCUUCAAGGACGAGGAGAACACGGGGGCGGACCGGCUCAUGACCGAGCGCUGCAAGGAGCGCGUGAACUCGCUGGCCAUCGCCGUGAUGAACAUGUGGCCGGGGGUGAAGCUGAGGGUGACGGAGGGCUGGGAUGAAGAUGGGCACCACCUCCCCGACUCGCUGCACUACGAGGGCAGAGCUCUGGACAUCACCACGUCCGACCGCGACCGCCACAAGUACGGCAUGCUGGCACGGCUGGCCGUGGAGGCCGGCUUCGACUGGGUCUACUACGAGUCCAAGGCGCACAUCCACGUCUCUGUCAAAGCAGAUAACUCGCUGGCCGUCCGCACCGGUGGCUGCUUCCCCGGCCACGCCACGGUGACGCUGCAGAGCGGGGAGCACCGGGGCCUGGCCGAGCUGCGCCGCGGUGACCGGGUGCUGGGCGCCGAGCCGGGCGGGCGCCUGGUGCCCACCGAGGUGCUGCUCUUCCUGCACCGGGACCUGGGCCAGCGGGCCUCCUUCGUGGCCAUCGAGACAGCCAGCCCAGCUCAGCGGCUGCUCCUCACCCCGUCCCACCUGGUGUUCACAGCUCGGGGAGAGGGGAACGGCUCCAGCGCCUUCCUGCCCAUCUUCGCCCGCCGCGUGCGCCCGGGCGACGCCGUGCUGGCCCACGGGGCCGGCGGGCAGGGGCUGCGCCCCACCAGGGUGCUGAGGGUCUCUCGGGAGGAUGGAGUGGGGGUUUUUGCCCCCCUCACCUCUCAGGGCACUUUGCUGGUUAACGGGGUGCUGGCAUCCUGCUAUGCGGUGCUGGAGAGCCACCGCUGGGCACACAGAGCUUUCGCCCCUCUGCGCCUCUUCCACGGGCUCCUCUCGCUGCUGCCUGCCCACCCCGAGGUGGGCAACGGGACCGUGCCCGAGGUGGGCAUGCACUGGUACUCCCGCCUGCUCUACCGGCUGGCCGGGGGCGUGCUGGGCCACGAGGCUCUGCAGCUUUAGGGGUGCCUGCCCCCCAUUUCUGGCAGGUGAUGCCACACACACUGGAUGCCACAGCCCUGGGCAUGGGGAGGAGGGAUAGGGGCACCCCCAGUGCUGUGGGGAGGGUGGGGUUCAGCACUGCCUGGGGUAUGGGGUGGCCCCUGUGCUGUGUCCUAGAGCCCCCCAUGGCUGGGGCUCCAUGCCCAGACCCCGCUGGUAUUUAUUGCUUUAUUAACCACUGCACUGGGGUGGGCUUGGUGCCACAGCCAGGCAGCACCAGACCCUGCCCAGGAGAGUCAAACCCAGCUGGGAGGAUGCCAAAAACACCCCAAAACUUUAUUAACCACUGGGGUGGGCUUGGUGCCUGUCCAACCCCAGCCAGGCAGCACCAGACCCUGCCCUGGGGGCCAAAUCGAGCCAAAAACACCCCAAGACUGAGCAGUUGGCAGCAGUUCCUGCCUGUCCCCCUGCUCUGGGUCUGGCCCUGCCACCCACAGUGGGCACUGGGUGUCUGCCAUGGGCACCCCGUGCCAGGUCCAACUCUAACCAUGCUAACUGCUAACCCACCCUGCUUGAGAGUUUUAUUUUUCUAUUUAUAAAUGGUAAUAUAAAUGUCCCCCAUGCCUGCCUGCCCUGGCAGGGGGCAGCCUGCUUUUAACCUCUUCAGUUAAAAAAAAAAAAAAAAAAAAAAAAAAAAAAUCAAAAGAAAUACUACUAUUUAAUUGUUUGGGAAA